AGUCACCGGUUCAAUGUCGCGCCCGCGCUUGCGUCUCGCUCCGACAGAUUAAAAAAAAAUAAAGCAAAUAUUUCAACUUUUUUCACGUCACCAGAGACAUUUUUACAUCAAUUUUUGACAUUAUUUUGACGUUUAUAUCAACAUAGAAAUGGAAGCAAACGGUACUUCGGAAUGCACCAACUUUGACAGUUCAUUAGGUCAAUUUAUUUUGAACAACGGCACCAAAUAUGAACAUGACUCCACGAAGUAUGUAAGCGAUGUGAAAGUAAGCGGGAAAUUUAAGAAAUCUCGAAGUUUUGUGGAACUUAGUAAUAUGAGUUCAGUACAAAGUUUGAACUUGAUGGAGAGAAGGGUGCUGGUUAUUUAUACAGGAGGAACGAUUGGUAUGGUGAAAAAUGCUAAAGGUGUAUUGGUACCGCAAAAAGGUGCUUUCGAAAAUCUGAUACGGACGUAUCCGCAACUGCACGAUAAUGCGUCAUGGAAGCAAAGGCUAUCGGAGAAUAAUUAUGACACUAGCUUUUUGGUGUUACCAGACGCCAAGGAUUCUUGCUUAAAAGUGAUGUAUAAAAUAAUGGAGUAUGAGGAAUUAUUGGAUUCUUCUAAUAUGACUGAAGCGGAAUGGAUACGAAUCGCUCAAGAUAUUAUGAAAAACUACUCAAUGUACGACGGGUUCGUGGUACUACAGGGUACGGACACUUUGUCGUAUACGGCCUCCGCUCUGUCCUUCAUGUUUGAAAAUAUUGGGAAAUGCGUUGUACUCACUGGCUCUCAGAUCCCAAUAUUCGAGCCGCGUAGUGAUGGCACCGACAACUUUGUGUCAUCUCUCAUGAUUGCAGGAACCUUGAACAUACCAGAGGUUACCAUAUUCUUCGGCAGCAAGUUAUUUAGGGGAAAUAGAACGCGUAAGAUAUCUGUAAAUAAUUUCUACGCUUUCGACUCCCCGAAUUGCCCACCGCUGGUGGAAGUGGGUAUUAAUUUCGUCGUCAACAAAAAGUUGAUCUUCAAGCCGAAUGUCAUUGACAAGUUCCAGCUGCACGCUAAGAUGUCCAAGAAUGUGGGAUUAUUGCGGAUAUUCCCGAGCAUUAGUGCGUCAGUGAUAAGGGCAUUUUGUCAGCCUCCUAUUGAGGGUGUAGUAUUGGAGAGCUACGGCGCUGGUAAUAUUCCUUCUAACAGAGAGGACGUACUAAAAGAGAUUAAAGAGGCGGUGGCUCGAGGCGUGAUCGUUGUUAAUAUCACGCAGUGCAACACUGGUGCUGUCUCGUCUCUCUAUGAGACAGGAAGAUUGAUAUCAGAAUGUGGGGUCGUUUCGGGUUACGAUAUGACACCAGAAGCGGCACUAACGAAACUGUCCUAUAUUCUGUCGAAAACGGAACUCACCCUACAAAAGAAGACAGAGCUUAUUUCUCGGAAUAUAAGAGGAGAGUUAACUAACACAUCUACGAUAGCUAUUGAGGACCAUACCCUGAUAGAUGCAAUUGCUAGCAGCCUCAACAUGACAUGUCCAAAGAAAUUAGUAGAAGUAACAGAGAAGGUGUUUAGUGCUCUUCUCUUCUAUGCUAUAGAUAAUAACGACUUCCGAGGUGUUAAAAAGAUGAUAGGUGCGGCGAGUCCCCACUCCUGACUGCGGUGAAGCACGACGAGGAGUCAGUAAUAAGAGUCCUGCUGCAGUGCGGCGCGCACCUGACGACUGCUGACUCGAAUGUGGUGAUGG